AUGCAGGCGAUCAAUCCAUCUGAUCCUCAUCUAUUAAAAGAAUUUAAUAGUCUAGCUACGUACGCCUCUUCUGUCAAUGCGGCUGACCGAGAAAUAUCGGAGAAGAAAAUUACCGAAUUUCAGAAUAAUGUAGAUCGACAAAGCGGAUUUGUAGUGCUUCUUUUACACAUCGCAGCAAGUGGUUCCUCUGCAGCACCUUUCUGUUCUAUUGUAUUGAAGAAUACCGUGAAGCGGUGUUGGGACCCGAGGAGUGCCGAACAUUGCAUUCAGGAUGUAGACAAAGCCACUGUUCGUGAUCUCAUUAUCGGUGUUAUGCUUCAGGCCGAGGUGUCUAUUCAACGUAAUCUGGCCGAGACAAUCUCGUUGAUUGCAAACGUGGACUUCCCGACGGCAUGGGCUAAUCCACUUGCUUCCAUUAUUCAAACCCUAGAAUCAACAUCCUUGAUUUCUGUCAAGUGCGCGGCCCUUUCUACGGCUCACAGCAUCCUUGUGAAGUAUCGCGAGAACGCCGCAAUGACUGAAACGUACGUCGAAGUGCUGCGUGGCGUGUACGCCGCUUUCUCACUGCCGCUUGUUAACGCCAUGAUGUCGCUUUUAGGCCCGAUUGAACAUGGACCAACGGCUGAGGCCACGAUGGCAUGCAAAGGGUUCACCGCUGCUGUGGAAUGCAUCUUGGAUAUCUCUGUUCUUGACAUGACGGAGGAGCUUCUGGCUCAUAAUAAAACUCUUGUGAAGAUGUUUUUGCGAUGCCUUUCGGCUCAAAAUCCCGCACUGACGAGCAAUCGUUAUGAAGGUGACGUUUUAGUUGAGAUGAAGUCUGUGGUAACUUCCUGUGUGAGUCAUUUUAUGAAUGUCUUUGACCAGGAUUUCGAAGACGAGGUCCCCGAGCUCCUGGAGAUGGUUUGGAAUAUGUUGGCAACUCCUCUUAGUGCAAUGUCCGCUAUGAAUGACUUGGUUAUUCAGGGCCUGGAGCUACUUUCAUGUGCUUGUGCAAACAUCGCGCAACGAUUCUUCGCGGAUGAGAUGCGUAUUAACAGCCUUCUAGCGAACGUUGUCAUCCCGAACUUGAUGCUUCGAGAAGAGGAGGAAGAAGUCUAUCACUCAGAUCCGGACGCUUACAUCCAACAUGACAUCGAGGGCUCAGACCUGCACACACGCCGCCGUGCCGCUGGGGAGCUGGUGCGGAGCUUGAUCAAAAAUGUACCCAAUCAGUCUCGUUCUUUACUUUCCAAUGAGGUUAAUCGGCUUCUUGCGGUGGGUCUCUCGGACUGGAGGGCCAAGGACGCUGGGAUUUACCUUGCUUCCUCCCUGGCUCUCGAGGGGCACCACGCCGACUCCGGACGCGGUGUAUCGCACCAGCAACUAAGCAAUAUGAUCCCGCUACCCAGUUUUCUCUCGACCACCAUCUUGCCCGAAUUGGAAUCCACCAUUUCUGCCGUUAGUCCGGCGAUCAUAAAGGCAGAUUGCAUGCGGGUUGUGACCACCUUUCGAAAUCAUAUUGAUCCGACAUUAAUACCGACGCUUAUCGCAUCACUUCCACGAUGGCUCUCCACAAACGACUGGGUGUUGAUGUCGUACUCCGCGCACAUGUGUGAACGCAUGAUGUUGGUGCAGUUCAACAAUCAGUACGUCGUGACGGAGGCUGUCUUCAGGCCGUUGGCCAUCACUGUCUUGCAGGCCUUAUGUCUUGCCAUUCAGCAAACCGAGCAACCCAAUGCGUACCUAGCCCGAUGUCUUAUGCGUAUUUUUCUGAAAGUUCCUGGUGCUGUAGCGCCGUACGCGGGCGAUGUGGUCAUGGCGCUAAACACGGUGAUUCAGAAGGGGUGUCGGAACCCCUCCAAUCCGAUAUUUAACCAUUGCGUGUUUGAGGUGCUUUCUAAGUGUAUUGCUUUACAACCCGACCAAGUGCAAAUCUAUGAACAAAUACUAUGGGAUACGAUUCGGUAUAUUCUGACUAACGAUGUACUUGAGUUUGUUCCUUAUGUGCUGCAGAUUCUUUCUCAGCUAUUGCGCUCGCAUCCGGCUGGGGAGAAGGAGCCUCCAGAGUACUACCGCGAUCUUCUCGAACCGCUUAUGCAGCAAAGUUUGUACGAGCAGAAGGGCAAUAUCCCUGCUGCAGUGUGCCUUUUGACCGAGUUCACCGAACACUACGCGGAGUACGUUCAUCGAACGGGUGGUACGCUGAAGCUCCUUAAUAUUUUCCAUUUUUUGGUUUAUCUUAAAAAUUACGACCAUGAAGGUCUCAGCAUCCUCACUUCGCUCAUGCUGUCUUACCCACCUGAUGUCAUGGGGAAUUACCUGACAGCCGCUUUGCAGGUGUUAUUGCAGCGCCUGCACGCCGCCAAGACUCCUAAAUAUGUACGCAUUUUAAUCAUAUUUUUAUCUAUUACCGUGUGUGUGCGAAGCGCCGAGGAUUUGGUGCACCGGAUGGAAGAGAUUCAGCCCGGGCUGUUCUUCAUGAUAUUGAGCAAAGUAUGGUUGCCCAACAUGCAGAAGAUUACCGGCGCCCUGGAGCGGAAGAUCUGCGUUGUGGCGUUAGCCAGACUAUUGUGUGAUAGCGAGUCUCUUCAAAAAGAGCCACAGAUGUGGGCCGAAAGCGUGUACAGUUGCCUGCGGAUGAUCCACGACACGGUCGAAGAGGAUGAUCGGUCUAGUUUUUCGCCCAGAGAAGUAACAUUGAAUGAGCUAAAACAAACACAAGAUGAGGAGUUUACUAAUGUGUUUUGCCCGCUGCAGGAAGCUGUACGCAAACCUGUUGAUGUAUGUCAGAUGGUAACGGAUGCUAACCAAUACUUUAAGGAACACAUGAAGGAGCUUUUAAGUGGUCGUGGAGCGCCUUUGAUGAAGGUACUGGAGGUGUACCUUUCACCACAAUUACUGGCACUGAUCCAAUAG